UUCCUUAUAAUACUAGCAGGUCCUAUUUUCUAGGGUAAAGUAAGCUAGCUAGACAGGUUGGAGGAUUGGGAUGGAUGUUUGUUAGGUUUUCUUGACUGGUGUUUCUUCCUGUAAGUGGAAGCUGACUUAGGUUUAGGUUUGUGACAUGGUCCUGACCACUGGAGCAGCCUCCAUUUUGUGGGUCUCAAUAUAUGAAUUAACUUUAUCAUUCUGCAUAUAGUUAAGAGACAGAACAAAUAGCAUUUCCUGGAAGACUGGAUAUGGAGUGCAAAUUGGAUGGAUUGAAGGAGAGGAGUCAAGGACGAUGCCCCGCCUUUGGUCUGAGUAACUACAAUAAAGUAGCUUUGAUUGAGGUGUGGAAGUCUACCAAUAUGAUACGUUUGGUGGCCAAAAUUAAGUUUCUUUGGGGCCAUAAAUUGUCUCCCUGUGUCUCCUUUUCUUUUUCUCAUAGUUUCCUGAGAUACCUAAAGCCAAGCACUGCUGUGUGUCCAAGGAAAACCAUUCAGAGUCAUUCUUCUGUGGAAAACAUCCAUGCUGGUUCCACUCCUCAUUCUCUUGGCCAGACACAGAGGCAUCCUGUGUCGAUGGCUGCCUUUCUUAUUCAAAGACAGGCCCAGCCAAGGAAGGCUUUUUUCUUCAAACUCAUCCUGGACACUUUCUUUUGAUUUAAGAAAGAAAAAGACGAUUGAGGGGACACCAGAGGGGGAAAAUAGUGUUUGUUGUACAUUUCUGAUUGUAGCAACAGCUUGAACCGAUUAGCUGGUUAUUAUGCAUUCCUGUGCCUGGCUUGUCACUCUGGAGAAACACAUCACAAGUCCAUUCUCCAUGGCCUCUAGCAUGCAAACCUGACCUCAAAGAGUUUAACCCCAAGUCUUCUAAUUUGAAACAACACACACACACACACACACACACACACACACACACACACAAUCAAGUGAUCAAAAAUAUGGCAUAAAUCUUUUUAGUACAGAGUGUUCUGGAUUAUAAUGACAGGAACACGGGAGAUAAAUAGGAUGCAAGGAAGGUAAAGAAACUCAUAAUAUUAAAAAAAAGGCAGUGCUAUUUCCUUAGGACUGUAAAUAUCCCCUACAUAUUUUUGCUUUUCUGAAGAACUUGCAAGAACCCUUCCAGCAAGUUUACAACACAUCUUUGGGAAAGAUACAGAGAGAGCUGUGCAGGGUUUCAUAGUAUGUAGUUAAUUCUCUUUUUACCCUGUUCUAAAUAUAAUCCUGCUCAUUUGCAUGCCAAUCCCCAGAAUGCUUUGUAAUUUCACAACUCUUGGCUAGUGGUCUCAGCAUAAGAACAAAGCAAAAUGUUUUGGGCGUGACUUUGGCCUUAAACCCUGCUUGGGCUUUGCAAAAGAGUAUGGUGACGUGACUUUGCCUGGCAUUCAUCCUUCUAGCCAGAGUAUCACAGAAAUAAAGUGGGAACGGCUGUGGACUUUUCCUGGGAAGACUGCAUUCAGUCCAGUUAUCCAUGAAUAACCAGAAGCUUGGGUUAAUUCACUUGAGAGGAGGGUGUGUUUCAGGAGGCUUGGUCUCCCCUUCCUUUAUGUGGCCAGGCUGGUUCAUUUUAGGUUUAUGGAAAGCUCAAGCUGGAGUAUUCUGUAUCCUCUUCCGGUGGAUGCUUUAUAUAGUUCCUCUAUUUCAGAGAAAGCCUUCAAUUUAAUGAAACGAUGUCCAGAAGUGUGGUCAGUGGCCUGCCUUAUAGAAAUGUGAAUUUCAGAGCCUUAACAGACCUAGUUGUGCAUAGUGACAUCUGCAGAAUAUUUAGUAGGCCAUUAGCAAUGACAGCUGAGGAGUGGGGAUGCUAUGAGACUGGUCUUGAAAGGGUUUUACAAUUCUCACAUAGCAAGCCAUUUUUGUUAUUUAAAUGGUGUUUGGAAUCAUUUUUAAGGAGAGCCUAGGGACCACCAGUUAACCCCCACCAUAAAGGCCCCUCCAAAAAUGUCUCCCUUGGCCAUUUAAUUUUAGUGAGUAGGCGAAGGACCAUAUAUUCUCGCGUCAAAAGGCCAUGUUUUCGUUUGCAAUAACAAUCAGCCCUGCCAAAAGUAAACCAGGGAUUUUGAGCAACGCACAUGGUUCACUACCCAGGGGAGGCAACAGUAGUGAGCACACAUCCAUGGCUGCGCACCAGUAAUGUGCCAGGGCCCUCCACGUACAGGUGUUUUCUGCUCUGCUCUUCACCCACAGAGCAGCUGUAAUGCUCUUUCAUCCGUUCUGAGAGCCAGGCAGCGGAUCCUGUAAAACAUACUGUUUUGAGAAUAUUUUUAAAACACAGAGAACUGUUGAUGGUAACUGACACGAUAGCCCCUCGCAGCCCUGCGAGAGUGAGUGGUUGCUUUACAUUUUCCGAUAGGUAUUGCCAGGGUCUCCGGAGAGCAGCGAGCCAAAGUGUGAGCAGGUCUCGGUUUUCUCGGGAUUUGCGCCGCGGGUUUACACCCGCAGCUACCGGCAGAGGCGGCCCUUGGCUGUAACAAAGACCGCGCCUCCGCCUGUAGCCCGCGCGAAGGCGGAGGAGAGCGGGCUCUGCAGGAGGGUAGUCGGGAGCCGUCCCCUAUCCAAAAUGAGGAUCGGGAUGGUGGGAAAGCAGACCCGGGGCUGGCCGAGGGCGUUGGCGCUUCCCGGGGCUCGACCCCAGAGGCCAGGGUUGGGCGGCCGGGCGAGGGGGCGGGGGCGGGAGGCGACGUUCGCGCUCUUCUUCCUCCACCCGGGACUGCAGCAUCCCCGCCCCGAAAAGUCCCUCGCGCCUCCUGGUGGCUGUGAGCGGACUGGCUCCGCCGCACUCGUAAGGCACAAAAAAAAAGCAAGAAAAAGAAAAAGUGGGUGAGGCAGAUGCAAAGAGGGAAAUCAAUAGGGAUAAGAGAGAAGAGGGAGGAGUCGCGGAGCAGCCAUUCCUGUCUCACGGGGUCCCAGCUGGCACGGCAAAAGAAAAAAAAAAAAAAAAAGAGCCCGGGCGUGAACGCGAGUGGAGGAGGGUGUGUGUGGCGGGGGGGUCGGGGGUGAAAGGGGGACCGGGGAGAUUUACUAUUGUCUCUGGCAGCCGCCGCGGGAGCCUGGGAGGGGGGCGGAGGCGAGAGGAGGCGGCGGCCGCGGCCAGCGCACCAUUCGCUCCACCUGAUCUCCGGCGCUGUGCGCUGAGGACGGCGCGGGCGAACGGGAGCAGGAGCAGGAGCAGGAGCAGGAGCAGGAGCAGGAGAAGGAGGGAGGGAGGCAGCUGCUGCAGCCACCGCCGCCACCAUGUCCUACCAAGGCAAGAAGAACAUCCCGCGGAUCACGAGUGACCGUCUUCUUAUCAAGGGUGGCAGAAUUGUCAACGAUGAUCAGUCCUUUUAUGCUGACAUUUACAUGGAAGAUGGAUUAAUAAAGCAAAUUGGAGACAAUCUGAUUGUCCCUGGAGGAGUGAAGACCAUCGAGGCCAAUGGGAAGAUGGUGAUCCCGGGAGGCAUCGAUGUCCACACUCACUUCCAGAUGCCAUACAAAGGAAUGACCACAGUGGAUGACUUCUUCCAAGGGACGAAGGCUGCCUUAGCGGGGGGCACCACCAUGAUCAUUGACCAUGUGGUGCCUGAGCCCGAGGCCAGCCUAACCGAGGCCUACGAGAAGUGGCGAGAGUGGGCAGAUGGGAAGAGCUGCUGUGACUAUGCCUUGCACGUGGACAUCACCCACUGGAAUGACAGUGUCAAGCAGGAGGUGCAGAACCUCAUCAAGGACAAAGGGGUUAACUCCUUCAUGGUUUACAUGGCCUAUAAGGAUUUGUAUCAAGUGUCCAACACAGAGCUGUACGAGAUCUUCACCUGUCUGGGAGAGCUGGGAGCCAUUGCGCAAGUUCAUGCUGAGAACGGGGAUAUCAUUGCCCAGGAGCAAACCCGGAUGUUGGAAAUGGGGAUAACUGGUCCGGAAGGCCAUGUGCUGAGCAGACCAGAGGAGCUGGAAGCUGAGGCUGUGUUCCGUGCCAUCACCAUCGCCAGCCAAACCAACUGUCCACUCUACAUCACAAAGGUCAUGAGCAAGAGUGCGGCUGACAUCAUCUCCCAAGCCAGGAAAAAAGGGAACGUGGUCUUUGGUGAGCCCAUCACUGCCAGUCUUGGCACAGAUGGAACCCAUUACUGGAGCAAGAACUGGGCUAAGGCAGCUGCAUUUGUGACAUCCCCGCCUCUGAGCCCUGACCCGACCACUCCCGACUACAUCAACUCCUUGCUGGCCAGCGGUGACCUGCAGCUCUCUGGGAGUGCCCACUGCACCUUCAGCACUGCCCAGAAAGCCAUUGGGAAGGACAACUUCACAGCCAUCCCCGAGGGCACCAAUGGUGUGGAAGAGCGGAUGUCUGUCAUCUGGGACAAGGCUGUGGCCACAGGGAAAAUGGACGAAAACCAGUUUGUGGCUGUGACAAGCACAAAUGCCGCCAAGAUCUUCAACCUGUAUCCCCGCAAGGGAAGAAUAUCUGUGGGUUCUGACAGUGACCUGGUGAUCUGGGAUCCAGAUGCGGUGAAGAUCGUCUCUGCCAAGAACCACCAGUCGGCUGCAGAGUAUAACAUCUUUGAAGGGCUGGAGCUGCGUGGGGCUCCUCUGGUGGUCAUCUGCCAGGGCAAGAUCAUGCUGGAAGACGGCAACCUGCACGUGACCCAAGGGGCCGGCCGCUUCAUCCCCUGCAGCCCUUUCUCGGACUACGUCUACAAGCGUAUUAAAGCUCGGAGGAAGAUGGGAGACCUGCACGCCGUCCCGAGGGGCAUGUACGACGGGCCAGUGUUUGACCUGACCACCACUCCCAAAGGGGGCACCCCCGCGGGCUCCACCCGGGGCUCUCCCACGCGGCCCAACCCGCCCGUGAGGAACCUCCACCAGUCGGGAUUCAGCCUGUCGGGCACCCAAGUGGAUGAGGGGGUCCGCUCCGCCAGCAAGCGCAUUGUGGCGCCCCCUGGAGGCCGUUCUAACAUCACGUCCCUGAGUUAAGCGACCCCUCCCCACAGAGAGGGGCAGAAGCAAGAAGAGAUUUUCUUGAAGCCAAAAUGGUACACCGAUAUUUAAGAAGGAAAGCGAAUCCAAACAGUUGUGAUCUAAAGAAUCAAUAAGCCUCAAGCCUUAUGUUUCUCCAAUGCUACACUCGCUUGCCUAGCUUUACGAAUAUUGCUUUUGUUUUCUGUUUAUGCAUAGCCUUGAUUUGUUGGACCCUGCCUCCCCCCAUUUACAUGCAUGCAAUCAGGCUACUAAGGUAAAAGAGUCUGCUAUAUAGUGUUGAGAGCGUGUGUAGUGCUGCAUCUUAUGACAAGGGGACAGACGAAGCUGGGAUGCCAGGAAAAUCAACAAAAGGGACGUGGUUAUUUGGGGUGAGGGGGUGGGGGGAGGCCAGAGCGAGGUGGAAGGCUCAGAGGGCCUGGGGGAGGGGGUGCCCGGGGGAGGUGGGGGGGGGCGGGAGGGUGAGCAUAAAGGGGCUUGUGUAUUGUGUCGAUGAAGCACGUUUAUUUCCAUAGAAGGUGGCCACCCUGGGGCAGCCGUUCCUUCAUCACGGUCCCCAGGGUCUGCGGAGAAGGCAGGCAGGCAGGCAGUCUUCAGGUUCCAGCCUUUGUCACAUCCCCUCCUAGAUUUUAUUCCUUUGAAACUUUUAUUAAAAACACCAAAACCCAAGCAUUACUUUCACCGGCUCGAUCGUGCCAGUGUGUGGGGUGGGGGGAGCACUUUCCCAGCGUUGCUUUCCAAUUCUCUUUGCCCGGCUGGGAAGGAAGAGAGGGGAUAGGAGACCACCCUUCUCCUCCUCCGUCCUGCCGGCCUCUUUGGUGCUGUUAAAAGGCAACAGCUGGGAGUGCACAUAGGCCCCGAGGCGGGUGGGGGCAGCCAAUCUCACGCACCUCCCUGUAAACGUGCUGGAGGUCGCCUCUCCCCUUGGCUGGCGAAACCCAGAAGAGCCACAUGCAUCCGGCAUCCCAAGUUAGGACAAGCCGAGGUGGGGCCCAGGAAGGGCUACUCUUGCUGGCGGUGAGUGGCUGCUUCUUUCCGUCUGGGGAUCCAGGCACAUCUGUGAUUGAAUAGGAUUGUUCAUUUGCAAAUAUAUGCACUUAGGUGUUCUUGAAGUUUUGCAACGAACAGGUGAUCUCACUUGAGAUGGGAGCCACGGGAGCAUUUGGGAAAGCGAGUCUCUUGAGCUGGGGGAGCAUAUCCUGGGACCGUGGGUCUGCUUUUCAGGUCUGAACCACCUGUCUCCCCUUCCUUUAGCACAUCCUCCGGGGGAGCUUUUUGUUUCCGUCUAAAGUCUCCCAGGGUGAGUGGAAGUGACACGCAGUCUUGGGUGAUGCGUGGAACCCCGUGUGCGUUUUUCCCCAUCCUGCUGCUUCUGCAAAUUCAAUUUUGGAGCAAGUUCUGUGAGCCAGAUGAGUAUCUGUGGAACCAAGAGGCCCGUAGGCAGAAUAAGUAUAUUCACCCUGGGAUCCGACUUCUGUGCUUGGGGGAUUCAGCUCGUAGAACCCGUAACCCUGUGUACCGGGUGCUUUGAAGAAACGAAGAGCAGGCCUCACACACCUGGCCAUGAUGUCUGACGGCAGGUUUCAAUAAGCUGAAGACCAGAGAAAAGGGGACGACAUAGGACUAAAUAUAUCCAAGGAAGAGGAUCCCCCCCUUAGCAAGCCAAUUAUUGUUCUAGUCAUGAAACGGAUCAUUUCUCCUCCUAACAAGGAAUCUUGCUAUUUUAAGGCUUUUUCAUGGUGCCUUUAUUUUAAAGGAAACUUAGGGGGAGCAUGUACCUUUUCCUUUAGAACUCAAAGAUUUAGGGGCCUUUCGCAGAACUCAGAAUGACGGUUUUUCGGGCAGAGGGAGAUGGUCAGAUCUGAAGCACGUACACUAUUAUACUGCAGGGGUGGGCUGGGCGGUCUGAGGUGUUGCAGUACCAGCCACAACCACCAGAUGGAGGAAAAGACAAACUAGUGGGCUCCUCUUGUGUACCAUCUGAUACUGUUAAGUUAGCAGUUACGUUACUUAAGCUGUUCCGUUAGCUACUGUUAACUUGGAGUCCAGCCCCUCCCUCCUUGACCUCUCUAUGCCAUGAAAAUAACUCUUGCAUGGCCAAAUGGGUCAUCUGCCCUGGGACUGCUGAAUGAAGCAUUCAACCAGAACUUCACAUUGUACACAAGCUUUCUGUGCUGUGGAAACAACCACCUCUGAUGCCUUCAUGAUGGGCAACAUGAUCUGGGGAAGCCUCUCUUUCUCCACUUACUAUAAGUAACUUCCUAAGCACAGAGAUUCCUAAGAACUUCAAGAAAACUCCCUUUAUUUGCAUCACUUUGAUUUCUUGAACCUUGUCACUUUAGUUAAAAUUAUGUUCACCUAUGUCCUGUUCCAUAAGACACAUCAAAGAGCUCUCCGUAUACAAAGGGUUUAGGAAGAGAACAUGAUGCGAGUUCCAUCCCUUUCAGAGUUCACGCCAUCUCAUCCAAGAGUGGAGGCCAUGCUGGACCUUCCUCUCCCGCCCAAGCUUUCCUUUUUCCCUCUCUUCUCUUAGCCUGGCCCCUCUCUAAAGAUGGCCUGCCUUCCCCCAACCUUCUCCCAUUGUUCCUCAACCCAGGUGGCCAUCAUCUGAGUUCUGGGAGGGCCACCAUCUUGGGUAGUUGAGAAGGUAUUUGUGGAAUCGUUAAAUCAGCCAACCCGGCAGAAGUAUUCUAUUUCUAUGUUUUCUAAAAAUGGCAGUGUUGUUGUCAUCACGAAAAUGGGUUUUCUUCAAAGACCAGUCACCCUCUGGCCUUUUUCUUCAUGCCUACACCCAGAGAGUCAUGCUUUGCUGCAAAGGCCUUAGUCCUAAUCCUGGACUUCUGCUCACCCUGAGAAGCCCUUCCCAACUAGGGUGGAUGAGCCCUGACUUUGGUUCUUUCCACAAGCUUCCCAGGCCUUCUCUCCCCUAGAAAACUCCAGCUUGAGUCCCAGAUAUACCCAUGGGCUGUCCUCGGCAGCCAGCAUUCAUUGUAAAAGUUCCCUCCUUGGAAAAUGGUGUGUGGGUGUUCAGUUCUGUGUCUGGUGAAAAUGAACAGACCGUAAAUCUCCCCGUGAUCUGUGGUAGCUGUGAGGCAGCUCUGGGACGUGAAGAGCUGUUUGGUUUGAACCGUGAAGAAAACUGUGUUUUGAGUUUAGCUGAGAUUAAAGAAAAAGUUCAUCAAGUGACUGUUAAUGUACACCUGGUUAUUAAAAUAACUAUGAAAUUACA